UUGAAUAUAAAACAGUCAAUGUAAGUAAGCUAUGAAGGUGUAUACUGUUCUUGUAAUAGGGAUAAUAUUCACCCUUGUCUCUUCACAAACCUUUGAGGAAAGACUACGAACUAAUUUGAAAUCUCUGCUGGAUUCUCCAAAUGAUGGGUUCACUCUGGAAUCUUUUCCUGCAGAGCUUUAUGUGCUUCUUCCAUAUGCUAGACAUCUGAAUUUGAUAGAGGGAAAGGAACUACCACAAGAAGCAAAGAAUACUGCAUGCACAACAUGUAUCGUAGCAGUUGAACUUAUUAGAGAUCUAUUCAUAGUUGGUGCUGAUCCUGAUCUCAUGGAGGAAGCUGCCCUUGUAGUUUGUGAUAUAUUUGAAAUAGAGGAUCAUGAAGUCUGUAGAGGAGCAAUCCACAAUUAUGUUCCACAACUUCAAUAUAUUUUUACGCAAGGGAAAGGGACCAGUAGAGAGGCAUGUGCCAUACUUGUUGGAAAUGAUUGUGGAGCAGUGGACGAAGUUAAUGCCUGGAGUGUUAAACUACCAGAUAUUGAGAAGCCUGUUGUUGUAGAGCCAGCACUCCCUGCUCCAGGUUCACCCACAAGGAAGAUCCUUCAGCUUACAGAUAUUCAUCUGGAUCUCAGGUAUGAAAUUGGAUCCAAUGCUGCAUGCGGUACUCCUAACUGCUGCAUGAAUGUUUCUGGAAUAGCUCCUGAUGCUGAAUCAGCAGCUCAGUAUUGGGGAGACUAUAGAUGUGACUUGCCUCAUUGGACCUUCAAGCAUAUUCUUGAGCACAUCAAAGAUACCCAUGGAGAUGAUUUCGAGUAUAUCAUAAGUACAGGUGACUAUCCUGCCCAUGAUAUCUGGAUUCAAUCAAGAGAAAACAAUUUAGCUCACAGCAAGAAAGUGGUUGAUUUACUUAAAGAGGUCUUUCCUAACAAAACUGUAUUUCAUUCUCUAGGAAAUCAUGAAAUAUUCCCAGUAAACAGUUAUCCUACGACCACUGUGGAUAGUGCCAAUGAUCCAAGCUGGCUCUAUGACACGCUUGGAGAAUACUUUUUGGAAGCACAUUCUGAAGCUUUAGAACAGUUUAGUGUUGAUGGAUUCUACAGUAUUAACUAUGGAACAGACUUCAAGAUAAUUGGCAUAAACUCCAAUAUGUGUGAAAAUAUGAACUUUUUCCUCCUCUUGAAUUGGGAGGAUCCUGGAAUGCAGUUAGCUUGGUUGAUAGAUGAACUACUUGAAGCUGAAUUGGAAGGAAGGAAGGUUCAUCUUCUCAGCCAUAUUCCACCUGGUAACGAUGAUUGUCUUGGCUCCUGGGGUAGAGAGUUCUCCAAGAUUAUAAGUAGGUUUGAGGGAACAGUCAUGGCUCAGUUCUACGGGCACACUCACACUGAUAAGUUCACGGUAUUCUAUGAUACGAACAACAGUUCUAGGCCUGUAAAUGUUGGAACUAUUUCUCCAAGUGUAACAACCUCUGGAAACCCUGGAUACAGGAUUUACACAGUGGAUGCUGGAUAUGAAGGAGCCUCUCAUAGAAUCUUAGGCCAUGACACAUAUAUCUUCAAUUUAACUGCUGCUAAUAUAGCUGGACCUGACCAAGAACCAAUCUGGUACAAGCUCUAUUCUGCUCCACAGGAUCUUGGCAUGGAAAAUCUAUUUCCGUCUGAAUAUGAACAGCUGGUUAGAAGAAUGGUUGUGGACGAUGAACUUUAUGAACAAUUUUUAAGUUAUUAUAGCAAGGGCGAUAGAAAUAAUCUACGCAGCAAAUACUCAACACUUUGUCCCUUACUGACAACAUCAAAUCUGGACAAAAGCAAAUGUGAAGAAAUAUUGGGCUCAGCUGAAAACUAAUUUUGUAUAUCUUUUUUUAAAUAAAUAAAUAAUUAGUUUAUUUUUAA